GUCUAGUAGUAGGACUCGUCAUGGCGCUCGGCGACGGAGGCUGGAGUUUACUGUUCUCCUGUCACUGUCUCACGCGUUGUAAUUGUUUUUAACGGAAGUACACAUACGCCUCUUUAUAUAUAUAAAUAUAUAUGUAUAUGUAUUUAUAUCGUUGAACGCGAUUGGCAUUCCUGCGUCUAAAGGACGAGGUGUAAUAUCUUGACUGUAAAAUGUUCAAGUAAGUGGCCAACAACACAUUCCAGCUAGCUCUGCUAACAGCGCGGACAAGUCGCAAGAGGAGCGCAGCAGAAAGUGAGAGAAGAGGUGGAAGGACUGGAGUAGGUUCACGACGUUUUAUUCCUGUUCUACUUUUUCCGAGAAGCUGACGGUUGGCGGUUGACUACAUCAGGGAUAAAGUCCUCUCCAUGCCUUCCAGUGCAAAGAUAAUGGAGAUGCCAUGGCCAUAACUGAGGCAUGGGCGUGACGUGACAGUGACUGGCCCCGCUUCCAAACAAAAACAUCAGCACCAUGCUUUUUCUGCUGAAGUAGAAGGAGAGCACACAGAGAAUGGAUGAGUCUGUGCUGUUGGACUUACUUGAGUGCCCAGUGUGUCUGGAGCGACUUGAUGCCUCAGCAAAAGUCCUUCCCUGUCAGCACACUUUUUGCCGCCGAUGCCUCCAAGGUAUCCUUGGUUCCCGUGGUGAGCUGCGCUGCCCAGAGUGCCGGACACUGGUGGAGUGUGCUGUUGAUGAACUGCCUAGCAACAUCCUCCUGGUGCGGCUUCUUGAUGGCAUCAAACAGAGACCUCGGAGGACUGGUUCUGGGGCAGGAGUCUGUGCUAAUGGUACACCUGGAGCUGGAGCCAGGGCACAGGGCAGUGGGUCCAGGGACCAGGCUGGCCCAGGAGCACAACCCCAGCGAGCUCAAGCCAAAAGCACCCUAGUCCGGGGUGUACCCCAGCUCCCCUGUGCCAAGGCUCUCUACAACUAUGACGGAAAGGAACCUGGAGACCUCAAAUUUAGCAAGGGUGACAUCAUCAUCCUGCGUCGGCAAGUGGACGAGAACUGGUAUCACGGAGAGAUGGGUGGAAUCCACGGUUUCUUCCCCACCAACUUUGUCCAGAUCAUCAAGCCACUGCCACAGCCACCUCCACAGUGCAAAGCUCUCUAUGACUUUGAGCUCAAAGACAAGGAGGCAGACAAGGAUUGUCUGCCCUUCUCCAAGGAUGACAUUCUGACUGUAAUCCGCAGAGUGGAUGAAAACUGGGCAGAAGGAAUGUUGGGUGAUAAAAUUGGGAUCUUCCCCAUCUCUUACGUUGAGUUCAAUUCAGCAGCUCGUCAGCUUAUCGAGUUGGACAAGCCGUCAGACUCCAGUGGGGACUCUAGCGAGGGAGCCUCCUCAGGGCCCCAAAGCAAUGGUGCUCAACGGGCAGGGGAGAAGAAGAACAGCAAGAAGCGCCAUUCCUUCACCUCCCUUACUAUGUCCCACAAACCCUCGCUGGCUCCUCCCCCCCAGCGCCACUCCAUGGAGAUCAGUGGACCAGUACUCAUCAGCUCCAGCAACCCCACGGCUGCAGCCCGCAUUGGAGAGAUCAGCGGGGGACUCUCCUGCAGCGCACCUUCGCAGGUUCACAUCUGCACAACUGGACUAAUCGUGACUCCACCCCCAAGCAGUCCCGUUACUACAACGGUUUUCACAUUUCCUUCAGAGGCUAGCUACACCAUCCCUGUGGAUGUUCUCCCACCUCCCCCACCACCUCCUCCACAAUCCUCUGCUGCUGGAGCAGCGUCCUCAUUGGCAGCUGGACAGAGAGCCUCUCCUGGCACAAGCGACCAAAGUGGGAGACAAAGGCCCACAGUCUAUGUGGCCAUGUUCCCCUACACCCCUCGUAAGGAGGAUGAGCUGGAGCUGAGAAAGGGUGAGAUGUUUCUGGUGCUGGAGCGCUGUCAGGAUGGCUGGUUCAAGGGCACCUCCAUGCACACUGGCAAGAUAGGUGUUUUCCCUGGGAACUACAUGAGCCCCGUCAGCAGGACGGCAUCGGGGAGUACCCAACCCAAAGUGCCCCUGAGUCUAUGCACUCAGGCUGGCAGAGGAGUCACCAUCGUUAGCCCAUCCUCCACUCCUCUGGGGGCCAUUGUUCCAGGGCCUGACUUCAACAAACCCCUCACCGUCUGCUCUGGCUCUGUCUCUGGCAACCCCCAGUCCUCUGCUGUAGUAACAGUGGCUCAAACAGCCACUGGUCAGCAGCCAAAAGUACUGAUGCAUGUCAAUUCUCAGAUGACUGUUAACCAGGCCCGCAAUGCUGUCAGGACAGCUGCGUGUCACAGUCAAGACAGGCCCACAGCAGCUGUGACGCCCAUCCAGUCUGCGACGCCUGUGGCAUAUCUGCCCCACCUGACAGUGUGCCCCCAACCCUCCUCCAACCCCACCCAAGGCUGUGCCCGUGCUGGGGUGGCCAUGGGCUGUGCCGCUGCUUCCCUGACCCCACCUAAUGUCAGCGCUGCCUCCUUAGAGGGUGAUGCUCUGCGGUCUGUAGCUCUUCUAACUGUUCCUGUUGGCCCUGCUAACGGCUGUUCUCCCAAUGCCACGUCUACAAACACGGCCCUCGCCUGCCGACUCGACAAAGAUAGCAAGCGAGAAAAGAAAGGUCUUCUGAAGCUGUUGUCCUCCAACAAGAAAAAAGCUCGCCCUUCCCCCCCCUCCUCACCCACCCUGGAGGCAGAGCAGGCUGCUGCCAAUGAAAUGCUACAGGGAGCCAUGGGGCCAGACACCACUCCCCCUCUCUCUGGCACUGCUAGCCGCGCAGAGCCUGAAACUGCUGCUGCAGCGUCUGCCGCUUCCUCUUCCUCCUCAGCAUCUGAAUCCUCCCAUCGUAAGAGCAGUCCCCUGGAUGGAGGUGCGCCUAUUGCUCCUCCUCCUCGCCAGGCUUGCUCCUCUCUCUUAUCUCAACAGCACGAUGCACGACCCAUCAUAUGUGAGAGGUAUAGGGUAGUGGUAUCCUACCCUCCCCAGAGCGAGGCGGAGCUGGAGCUGAAGGAGGGAGACAUUGUAUUUGUUCACAGGAAAAGGGAAGAUGGAUGGUUCAAAGGCACACUCCAGAGGAACGGCAGGACUGGACUGUUUCCCGGCAGCUUUGUAGACAGCGUCUAACACACACCAUGCUGUCACCAUGGUCACCACCACCGGAUGACCGCUAGUGAGUGUACUUGCUAUACCGCCCUACAUAACAAACAUAUCAACACCCACAAAACUGCUUCGACCCACCGUCAGAUGGACACCAAACCUCCUUAGAGGCCAUUGUGGCUACAGCCAUAGAAAUGGGACAUUGAUGGCCGCGGCACAUGAGAGAGGGUUGCGGGACCACUUUGGUGGUGAAAGCAUAGUGGCCAGAGCACACUACUCAUGAUCUCUCUUUGUCAGUUAUUUAUAUCUCGUAACAGUUCAGAUGUUAAAUGUGUGCCUUGUACUGUUCCUCACUUUACUGUACAUAAGGAGACAAAGAUCAUUAGUCACAAAACAUACAAUAUGAACUGAUAAUAGAUAGAAAUGCUUCACAUUUUAACUUAUUUCAUCGUUUUGAUUUCUAGAAAAUAUGAGCUUGGGUUUUUUUGUGAUGCAAGACCUGAGCAGUUUGAGCGAGCACAUGCCUUAUGCCACUCUUAACUACAUCCACUACGCCUCUCUCAGACUGCCAAAUGGUUUUGCUAUUUUUUCCAAUUGAUAUUGUUUCAACUCUCUGCUGAUAUCGAAAGCAGCAAAUCGGAAAGAGAAGCAAUGCCAUCAUCAACAUAUGCAGCACAGCGAGAAAAAGAUACUUUUCAAAUUCCAAUCAUAUGAACUAAUUCUGACUUAAGGCCUGAUGGACCCUAAGAUUCAUCUGAAACGUGGAUUUACAUAUGCUGGAGCUACAAGUCAUUCAGGUGGAAAUUGCAUAUCACAAAGUAUUGCCAUAGUACAGAUUGGUCCAGGCAUUUUCCUGGUGGAGAUGACAUGCUAAGCUGUUAAUGUGUUACUUUGUGGUGAUCAAAUAUUUGCAUGUCAUUCGGUAAGCCAUCUGCAGAGGAUGAACGGGAGAUAGAUUUGUUAGUGUUGCUUGGUUUUGCCUUUUUAAUGUACAAAAAAUACACUCCAUAAUGGGCCUUGCAAUCAUACAUUGCGUACUAUAUUGUCUAUGUACUUUUUGACCAGAGUAGCUGCUCCCUCAGGCCCUUGGCAGAAGCCUAAACCUACCAGACAUAGCUCUACGUCACAAGGGCAACAUGCACUCGUCAUUUCAGUAGCAGUGUUCAACUGAUUCUGUAUUUAUUCUCAGUUGCAAAUGGAUUUCCAUAACUUGACACCAGCUGCUCUUACAGAGUGUCUGCAGAGUACCUAAUCUGGACACAAGGACAGACACACAAGAAAUAAGCCCCGAGGGUCAGACUUCACAGGCUCUAAUUUCUUGUUUAUCUUUUACUCAUUUUUAAUGUGACUUCAAGAGAAGAAAACACAACUUGCUAAAGCACAAACAGUUUUCCUCAUCUAAGGUGUUACUGGUAUCACUCCACAUAAAGUGCGAUGAAGGGUAUUUCGUUAUCUGAAAGUCGAGCUUUAAAUACAAAGCAAUCACUUGAGCCCCUUUAUUCUUGAUAUAGUUGUUGGGUUUCACUGUACAUCUCAUCUGUACAAAAUGUUUGUUGUUAAAUGUUGUAUUGACUUGAAUUAUUAUUAUAAGACCCUUUCUUGAUUACACGGGGAUCAGUACCAGUUCUCUUGUAACUGGUCGAACGUAAAAUUUAAAGUUCUGAGCAGCGGUUUAAAAAAAAGGUUGGGGGAAUGAAUGAAAACAUUCAGAACAUUAGCAGUUUGUUUCACCGCAACAAAUCUGUUGAAACAUGAUGUCUUCUUCCCCGUCUGUCUUCAUUCCAAUCAUGCACUGGCAGAUGGAGUGAGCAUAGGAUCUUCACCAUUGCUUUCUUUUGUAUCUUUGAUAUUAACCAAGAAAGCAUGGGGACAAGCUGUAAGGAAUCGUGCCAGAAUAUGGUCUUCUACCCUCGGCUCAGCGGGCACCAAAACAGUUGUUUUUAUGUAAUGUCAUAGUAAAACUGUAGCAAAACGACAGAUUAACACUGUAGGUUGUGGGUUCACCUUUAGCACAAAUCUGUUAAACUACAUUGAAUAUUUGACUGUCGGGGCAAUCACUAAAACGUGCUGAAUUCUGACAUUUCAUGAUAUACCUGAGGAAUGAUUUUGAUCCAGAUUUUCAAGGGUUUUAAAGUUGUUUUAUUUCAUUAUUGUUGAUUGAUGGGGACCACUGUGUGAUCGAAUGCUGAGUAUGUUGUCAUUUGUGUUGGUUUGAGAAUAGGACAGGCUUGAAAAAGGUGGUACAAAACACUGUUGGGGCCUUCUUUUUUUUUUUGCUUCUCAAUCAAUACUUGUGUAGAAUUAGUCUAAUGCCCCAAGGCCAUACAUUAAACCCAUGUUUGCAACGUCUUUUAUUUCACUGGCAAGCCUUUUGCAUACUCAACAGAAUCUGUGUACACAGAGACAUGCAUUCAUUAUAUUGAUGUACGUUAUAAAUUCUGUUGAAACUUAGCACAGUAUCUUCCUCAGAGUUUGACUGACAAAAAAAAAAGUGAAGCAUUGUGUUCCUGUGAAGACUCAUUUAUACUUUAUGUUCAUGCCUUGGAACACAAGACGGCACAAAGGUCUGCUAUGUUCAACUAAACAGAAUUUCAUCAUGCCAAGGUAACUUACUUGAUUUUUUUUUUAAUGAUUUUUUUUUUGUUGUAUAUUUAGUCUUGUAUGUAUGAGAAGGGUGAAAUUUAAAUCAUCUUAUUUGGCACAGGACUAUGUGCAAAACAUUCUGAACUAUUUGAGGGAAUAGCACAUUUUGUAAAAAUGACCAUAACAAUAAAAGGUAAUG